CCAACUCAUGCKCUUGAUCUUSUUGCACGUUGAAUCAAACACGGAGUAGCUUUUUCUCUCCCUGCUGAAUUUGUAAGGAAAGGAAAAGGAAGAAGAAAGUCUUGCCGUUGUUGUUCUUUGUGUCAAGGAAUGUGAAACGUGUGACAUAUUGGAUUUGUUGGUAAGGUCUUUACUGAUUUAAUUUUCACUAGGUGAGCAGGAUUGAUAAUUCAAAAMAUUUCCUGCCCUCUGAGGGGUCGUACAAUGGAACAACCUUCAAAAAACCCUCAUCACCUAAAAAAGCUGAAAAAACGGCGCUCCAGUUUGUUUGCCAGCGUGAAGCUGAACACCAGUUUAUCCAAGAGCAUUGAAGAACCAGACGCUACCUUCCCCUUUGCACAGGAGAGCUCUGUGAAAGCAUGGACGUCCAUGGACAACCUGGACAACCCUGCUACUCAGACAGUGAUCCCGAAGGAGAACGGGCCCGAGAAGAAAAGGGAGGAGAAAGAAAAACGUGUCGCCAGACAAUCCAACAUAGUCACCAUCAAUGUCGGUGGGAGAGUCUUUCACAUACCUAUCCAUCUGGUUCUCCGCUACCCCAAAACCAGGAUUGGCUCUCUGGCCCUCUGUACCGAUCCUGUGAAGAGGAUGACACUCUGCGACGACUACUCCGUCCGCAAAAAUGAGUUCUUCUUUGACCGGGACCCCACUUUCUUCCACUACAUCUUCCACUUUUACUGCAGCAACGUCAUGUGGGUGAUGGAGAGUCUGUGUCCCCUCAAUUUCGAGGAGGAGAUGAACUUCUGGGGUCUCCGCAUGAGGGACACUCCGAGGUGUUGCCGCAUGCUGUUUGAGGAGAAGGUGGAUGAGAUCAAAGAUGGCCUGAAGGUCAACCAGGAGCUGAUCGACGAAAUCAAGCCGGCCCACAGGGAUGAGGAGGCCAUGUUCAAGACCAUGUUCCUGGGAGGUUUCCGCAAGGCCCUCUGGGACCUGAUGGAGAACCCCUACUCCUCUUUAGCGGCCAAGGGCUUCGCCGUGUUCUCCAGCCUCUUCGUCCUCAUCUCCAUCGUGGCCAUGACACUCAACACGGUGAAGGAGCUGAGGAAGUACACUAUCUACGGCAAGACCUACAUGGAGUGUGUGGARAUCGUCUCCAUCGUCUUCUUCACCUUUGAGUACUUCCUGCGGCUACUCACCACCUGCGACAUCAAACACUUUGUGAAAAGCGGCCUCAACUUUGUGGACCUGUUGGCCGUCAUGCCCUACUUCAUCCAGAUCAUCUUUGAGAUUUUCACAGAUGUUGAUGAUGCUGGUGCCCAGGAGGACCUGAAGACCAUGGCCAGGGUCAGCAAAGUCAGCAAGGUGCUCAAGGUGGUCAAGCUCAUGCGCAUCUUUCGCAUCCUCAAGCUGGCAAAGCAUUCCACGGGAAUGCGGGCGUUUGGCUUCACCAUCCGGCAGUGCAGAGAGCAGGUGUGCUGCUUAUUCCUGUUCAUUAUCAUGGGCAUCUUCACCUUCUCGGCCCUCAUGCACUCUGUGGAGCUGGACCAGCCAGGCACCCCUUUCAGCAGCAUCCCUGAUGCCUGGUGGUGGGCCGCAGUGAGCAUCUCCACUGUGGGCUAUGGUGACGUGGUGCCCAUCUCCUAUCUGGGUCGCUGCGUGGCAUUUGGCUGCAUCUCCUUUGGCAUUAUCCUCAACGGCAUGCCCAUCUCAAUCCUCUUCAACAAGUUCUCCGACUACUACGCCAAGCUCAAGGCCCAGGAAUACACCCAGACUAUAGGCCCGGGUGUACGCACCUUCCAGCUCAAGAAACGUCUGCGGCGCAAGUUCGAUGGCUGCUUCGAACCACAGCCUUCGGACGACUCUGAUGACGAUUAUGACACCGCAUACAAUCCAAACAGGAGUCAGAGCCGUGCGGGCGCCGAGUGAGACCCURAUGGCAACGCCCCUUAAAUGCCUUUCUCGCCUUCACGCUGGAGACUAACGCCCCCAUCUGCCUCUGACUAUAUUCUAAGCCGGGAUGUAGGAAAGUAAACA